UUUUGUUCGUGAUUGGGAGAAUUAAGUUGUGUACAGCAGCUCUGGGAGGCAGAGGGGGAGGCGUUACCGACUCUGGCAACACCUGCAAACCGACUCCCAUCGACAGCCGUUGGACUGAGAGAGUCCUGGUCCGCUGUAGCGAGAAGGAGGAGGAGGAGAAGCCUGACAGAGGAUCACGGUCGCCGUAGCGAUGUGGAAUAAAACUGCAGGAUGUGACCUAAGCCUUGAAGCAAAGAUAAAACCAGCGGCAGAGAAAAGUUUUUAAAGACGGAAAGUGCUGCGAUCGUCGGAUCUGAGCAGAGAGCAGCAGAGACUCCGACACGGCAGCAGGAAUCUCUUGAAUGGGACAAAAUGGAGUUAAACAGAAGAAGGGUGCCGGUGUAUGGACAAGUGCAGGCAAAUGUGAAGUUGAAAACCACAGUCCCUCACGACGCAGACUUCUACAUUGUUGUACAAGGUUCGAUGCUUGCACACGUGACCGCAGCAGAGAGACAGGAGGUUGAAGAUGGACUGACUCUUUCCUUCAUGGUUCCAGGCAACGACUGUAUGGAGGUCUCCUCUGUAACGGCCUACAUUUACACAGAGGACCAGGCCAAGCCAUGUGGAAGUGAAGCUUCUCUUGAAUACGUCACCGACGUUGUCCAGGAAGCAGCGGAGUACCUGAGUGCACACAGGGACCGGCUCGGGCCCCAGAGCUACCAAGAAGUCCUGAAGAGGUUUCCAUUGCUCGGGCAGGCGGCAGACAAGGGCCUCUCUGCCGGAGACUUACACUGUGACGAGGACGAUGAAAAUGAUGCGCGAGCCAAAGAAGGUGAUCUACGUCAUCUCGAUGAGCAGAUCACUCAAGCCUUGGCCAACAUGGAUUACCUUCGACAGUGGAAAAGUCAACAAGGAGAAGCUGCUCAUAUACAAUACCAAGAAAAGCUGCUUCAGCUGGCGGUGCGCUUGGGUUUGCCUGGUCUCUCCGGCUACCUGAGUCAGCGGUCAAGAGAUCAGAAGACGGAGACUGUGGCCAAUGAGGAGAGAGAGACUCCACACCAGCUGACACAGACCAACCAGUGGAAUCAUUUCUUUAGAGGUCUCACAAGUUCUCCAGAUCCGGCUCUUGCCCCAGGUCCGGGGGUGUGUAGGAGGGUGUGGUCAGAUAACUGCUCUCUGUUGAGGUUUUGCCCUUGGACCAACUCCAUCACCCUGACGGUGCGUCAGGCUCCUGGCAGCUGCCAGCAGGACACCAUUAAGACGUUGCGAGAUAGACUGAAAGAUCCCAGUACCUUUGACCUGAUAAAUAUGGUGAGAGAGAACACACGGCUACAAAUGAAAAACAAAGAGGAAUUUCUCUGCAACGGCAAAGGCCUGUCCAAGGAGCCGCAGAUGCAGGAUAUCAUGGUGGACGAUGAUUUUAAAGAUGGGCUGGUUCUAUCACUGCAUGAAGAUGAUGACGAGAAAAAGAACUCUCUGCCAGUUUAUGACCAUAUCUUGAAGGAGUCCAGUGAAGAGGAGAGCCACGUGGUCCGGCCUCUUUAUGACACUCAGUGCAUGGUCGCCAGCGACAGUCAGAGGACCGCGCUGCAGCCACAGGCUGACGUUGGCGUUCCGUACAGCAUCAGGGGAGUGACGCGUGACAGCACGGCGACAGACAGCGGCGUAUGGGACGCACUGGACACAAACGAUCUCCUUUUAGUCAUCGACACUCCGACGCAUUCGUCAAAGUUCAGCUCUGUGACGUCCUCGCCUCGAUGCUCACCUGCUGAUCAGGCUCUUGCCAGGUUGACUCGACCCACGUCCUUAGAAUCAACGAGUGAGCGAGACAGUUCGCCCGUAGAAACCUGUGACCUGAGUCCCAGUCUUGUGGCUCUGGAGGUGGACAGUGAGGAGGACAUGGCUGAGACAAACGUACUGCCCCCCCCUCGCUCAUCAGAUGUGGAAAAAAGGGCCGAAAAAGUCAAAGUUGCCUCUCGUCAGUUGCCUGAUCUCACCUGCACUCGCAGCAAAUCUGCCUCCUCUGCCUUUGAUCCUGCCACCAAAGACUUGGACGACCAGGGAGUUCGACUGCGUUCCUAUUCCUACUCUUCCCCGAAAAUCAGUUUCCGUCCCACACGUUUCGCACGGGACAGUCAGACGUCGGACAUGAACCCAGAUGGAGCACUCCACAGUGCCACCCACAGCCGAUCUCUCCUUCAGGCCCUCUCUCUGUCUAAAUCUCUGUCUCUGCUCAACCCUGGUAAACAAAGAGGCUGCAGCCUGCAGGAGCAGUCCCACGAGAAAAGGGAGAUUAAGUUCCGUAAACGUGCUCAGUCUGCCGACGAUGAAGGAACUAUGGAGCUGGCAGACUCGCUCCAACAUCUCACUCUGUCUGAGUUCCUUAAAGAAAUUGAAGAGGAGGAGCUGGAUAAUUACAGCGUACCCACUAAAGUGGAGUCGGAGAAGUACCGAGUCAUUCGCACCUUCAGUUUCCUGAAGAACAGGAUGUCCAGCACACGCAGCAAGAGCAAGGGCAAAGGGAAGGACAGGGACAAGCAGACGAAUGGACAUCGUUUUGCCACGGGCUCCUGUUUAGGCCCCACCGUCUGCAUCGUUUGUGACAAACCAGCAUCUGGGAAAGACAUGCUGCACUGUCCGAACUGCACCGCCAUCGUCCAUAAGGCGUGUAAGGAAUCGGUCCCACCGUGUUUGAAGAAACUUCAGGAUAAAUCUGCUGCAGUGACAAGGACCAAGACAGCAUCCCUCCCACAGAAUUUCACAGUGAGAGAAAGUUCCCCCCAGAGUCUGAUCCCCGUCUCCGCCUCUUCACUGAUGUCCAGCUCCAAGGACAGAAAAGACACCACCACCCACUCAUGUCCCAUAUCUGGGAGUGACAGUCGGCUCAGCGAGAGUUCAGAGACAGAGUGGGACUGGGUGAAGGUCAACGGCCUUUCAGACGAGCUGCUGCCAACUCCUGUGUCCUCCGUUUCUGCCGACUCAUCAUUUGGAGAAGACUGUGUGGACUCAUGCAUUCAGGCUGACAUCUUAAUGGAUGCAGGCGAUUACCAGGCCGAGUCGUGGAGUCUGACGGUGGAGCAAAAGUUCUGCAAGAAGCAGGACAAGCGAGUCAUCAAAAGGCAGGACGUCAUCUACGAGUUAAUGCAGACGGAGCUCCAUCACCUCCAGACUCUGCACAUCAUGGCUGAGGUGUUCAGGAGGGGGAUGAUGGAGAAGGUGCAGCUGGACAUGGAAGCAGUGCAGCGGGUGUUCCCCUGUCUGGACCAGCUGCUGCUGAUACACCACGGCUUCUUCAGUGCCAUGAAGGAGCGGCAGCACGGCUCCACCCAGCAGGACGGAAGCAGAAACUACCUCAUCGGGCAGAUAGGAGACAUCCUGCUCCACCAGUUCUCAGGUGAAACUGGUGAAACGAUGAAAGAGGUUUAUGGAGAAUUCUGCAGCCGUCACAUCGGAGCAGUCGGCUUCUUCAAAGAACUGCAGCAACAGAACAAGAGGUUUCAGAAUUUCAUCAAGCAACAAGGUAAUAAUUCAUUGCAUCGACGGAGAGGAAUCCCAGAAUGCAUUUUGCUUGUAACCCAAAGAAUUACCAAGUACCCAGUCCUGCUGGAGAGGAUUCUUCAAUACACGCAGGAAAACACAGAGGAGUGUGCCGACCUUUCAAAGGCCCUCGCUCGCAUCAAAGAGGUGGUGGCAGCCGUCGACCUGAAGGUCAGCGUGUACGAGCGGCAUCAGAAGUUACAGGACGUGUGGAGCCGCAUGGAGAACCGCAGCUCCGCUAAACUGAAGAACGGACACACCUUCAGGAAGCAGGACAUGAUGGGCUCAGGACAGACGCUGAAACACCAGGGGGUGCUGCUGUGGAAGACGGCCACAGGACGACUGAAAGACGUCCUGGCUCUCCUUCUCACAGACACACUUAUCUUCCUGCAAGAAAAAGACCAGAAAUACACAUUUGCUGCAGUGGACCAGAAAGCUCCAGUUGUAGCUCUGCAGAAGUUGAUAGUGCGGGAAGUCGCUAACGAAGAGCGAGGAAUGUUUCUGAUCAGUGCUUCAGCAGCCGGACCAGAGAUGUAUGAAGUCCACGCUGCAUCCAAGGAGGAACGGAACACCUGGAUGAGGCUCAUCCGAGAGGCCGUGGAGAGCUGCCCAGAGGAAGAGGAGGAAUACACGAGUGAGUCUGAGGAGGAGAGGCGAGCUGCUGAGGCUCGUGUCCAAAAGAUCCAGAAGUUACAAGAGAGUCUGAUGAGCCAGGACCAGCAGAUCUGCUCCAGCCUGGAGGAGAAGCUACGCAUUUACACAGAGCUGUCCAUGGUGAACGGGAGGUCGGAGAGUUCGAUGCUGGAACCGCGCUUGCUUAGCCACCAUCACCCAGAGGAGGUACCGCAGGGCACCACGCUGCUGUCUGCUGCUCUGAAGGAAGCUGAAAAACUUAAAGCCACCUUGUCCUGGAAAACCUGUUCUCCAUCCAGUCAGUCGUCCAGUCCGGUCUUUGACACAGACCCAGUGGUCGGCCCCGCCCCACCUGUAGAGAUCCCUUCCCAUGCUGUGGAAUCUGCACCUGAAACCCCUGAGGUCACUGAGGGGAGACACACUCCUGUGGAUGACAACGACAAGAUUGCCCAGAGUGUCCACAGCCUGACUCAGUUACUCUACAGUCUGCAGGCUGUGGUGACCAUUCAGGAUAGCUACUAUGAGCUCCAGAGGCUGCGGCUUCAGGAGAGCGGGCGGCGGUCUCCUCGGGUUCCGGGUCCUCACCCUGCAAGCACCCGGAGCAACACCCUGCAGGAACAGGAGAAGCAGCGCAACCUGGAGAAGCAGAAGGAGGACGUGGUUGCCAUUCAGCGGCUCCAACAACGCCUGAGACAGGAACGGGGUCGCUGGGAGAGGGAGUGCCAGGCCAAAGAGAGCCAGCAGGAGGAGCAAGAGAGCAAGCUGGAGGAAAGGGAGAGACAGUGCCACCUGGAGGCUCAGAGGCUGAGGCAGGAGAGGGAAGAACUGGACCUACAGCAGGAGGAGUACCAACUGAGCUUAGAGCGUCUGAAGGAUGGACAGAGGAGGGUGGAGAUGGAGCGCGAAUGCCUGGAGAAACAGCAGAAGCUGGUGCAGACGUUAAAGAACGGCCGACAGAGGAAACUGCCCACAGUGAUCCCACACAUGGUCAUACCUCUACAUGGUCAACAGGACCCGGCUCCCAGUCAUUCAAGAGGCCAUGCUGGUAAUGGCUCUAUGUUUGUGAACGAGGCGGCGUUCUCCAGCACCAGCAUCAACAACCGCCACGUCAACCACAAACGCAAUGACCCCAGCGCACACAACUGUCUCAACACCCUGCUGGCCAGAUCCAACAGCAGAAACUCCCCCAAGGCAAAGGCUCGCCAUGAUCCACAGUCCGACCCCCAGAGCAGUGGGGGGAGGCAGACAGGAUACCUGUACAGUACCACGGGACGGCUUGGACCGCAGCACGCUCCACCAGGUGAUAACAGCCGCAGCUACAUCGGAGAGACCUGGUUGUCAACAGCGAGUGCAGCUGAUCUGUAUCCAGAGGUCCCGCAUCCCACUGACCCUCAGCUGGACCUCAGCGCUCUGGUUUCCUUGGAAACUGACAGUAGUGGUGAGGAAGGCAGGGAGGAAACUAUUGUGUACCUGUGAAAAUCCAGCCCAACACUUGGAGGAAGAUAAAGAAUACACAAACAGGCAACCAUGAAGUGCAGAGAGAAUAAAAUAGCAAAGCAAAAAGAACCUGUUACCUUCAGACCUGAGGUCACUGGUCUGUCACCUCAGCUCGACGUCACAGCUUGGUGUUUAUGCUCUCUUUCUUUGGUCGCGUUCAGCUCUUCCUUCACUCUGCUCCCUUUGGAGCGACAUCGUUUUAAAAUAUCAGAAAUGCGACAUAUUCUCAUCUCAGCAGCCAGUGGUCGUUUUCGUACAAACGCGACACGCCACACUUUUUUUCAACCGCGCCGCCUUCAGGAGCGGUUGUUUUUUUUUUAUCUGUUGAGCAGCUUGGUUUUCAAAGAUAAAUCUACUAAUGUGUCUAAUGUGUGGAUGAAUUUCUACAAAGACGUCUGAGUGAAGAGAGAGAUUUCUCUUUGAUGAAGUCGUCUAGAAGAAAGAAUGAUGUUUCAGGGAAGAUCAUUCAAAGACUUUCAAGUCUCCUGACUGUUUUUGGAUUCAUAACCAAAAACGUGGUCCAAAUGACGCAAUUUGUAAAGUAAUGGGCAGAUUUUCUUUUUAGGAUUUACUCAGUAUUUAGAAAUCCUGUUACUUCUAGAUUUUUCAUAAUGUCUAGAUAAGUUUUUUUUCAUACCAAAUGUCCUACAGCCCUGCAGGAUCAUGAAGGUACCCCAAAGUAAAUCAUGACAAAUGACUCAGAGCUUCACGUUUGAAGGUAGGACUAUAUUAUAAUUAUAUCAUUUCCCUUCAUGAAGUUUUUUAUAUUGAGUUUUUAAAACUAAAACAAAAUUAACCGUUGUUUAAUUUUGAUUUGGUUGGAGUGCCUUCUAGUGGAUGAGGAACGAAACAACAAGCUUGUAUAUAUACAGUAUAUGUAUAUAAUUAACUUUUAAAAAGCAUUUAAAAAUUCACAUAAAGCCUUAGAAAUUUGAAUCGGACUUGAAGGGAGAAUUGACAGCCCUAGUCGUAGUAAAAAUGAAAAAUGAAUCCCACUGGGGGGGGGUGUAUGGGUGAGGAUGGGAGGCAACAGUGUCAUAGAUCCAACACAGUGCAAUAAAGAUGCAUUAUGUUCAAAUUAUAAUUGUUCCAUCUGAUGUUUUCAUAAAGUUUUUCAUAAAGUCCCUUAGCUGUUAACAGUGUCUCUGCCCUUUCAGACCCUAAUGUGUCGUCAUAUUAAAUAUUAAAAAGGGAAAACGGUGACAUUAGACACUUCACAAAGGACCUGAGUCAUCAUUUUGACUCUGCUUCACCGGAUGAAAUGAAAUGAUCCUCAGAACUCCCUGAUAUGAGCCAGAACCACAGAAUCUUCACUUUUGGGCCAGUUUUCUUUAUGUCCAUCACUUCAGUAAAAAAAAAAAACAGUCGUUUGGAGCCUGUUCUCACAUAAGAGGAGAGAAAUC